AGAGACAGAAACUAUGCAUGAGAUAUCUGGCACAAUUUAAAGCAUCCCGAGUAUUCAUGACUGUGGCACAAACAAAACCGUCGCUACAAUCCGUAAACUCGACUAUUGAGACAUCGCUACCAAAAAGGAAUCAAUUCACACAGGAAGAAAUAGAGAUUGCGGCACAGUUAGACCCAACA